AUGGACACACUCAGCGAGUUUUUCGGCGAUCAGCGCCACGCCGUGGAUCUCGAGCAGCAACGCCUUGCCCAACUUGAACGCACCAAUCCCUUGGCAGCCGCCGACGCCUACCGCGACCACGCCGUCAUCCUCCUCUUGGAAGGCCGAUACUAUCUCAAAUACCAACACCAUCCCGUCAGCGUUGCUCACCAGCGCUCCUUUGCCCUCAUCCACAUGUCUCGGUACAACCUGUUCAAGUGGUUUGAGCUGAUUGCCGCCACGCUACUCCUGCUCCUCGCCCUCAUCGAAAAGCCGGCCGUCUUUACCGACAUUCCCAACGGCGUCCCCAUCGCCGUUGAACUCGUCCUCAUGCUCUUUUUUGUCUGGGACGCUUAUCACCGUGCUCAAGCCUCGGGCGGCUUUCGCCGCUGGCUCAGCCACCGCGGCAAUCAACUCCGCCUCGUUGGCUUGGUAGCCAUCUUUACUGACAUCUUUACCAGCUUUAGUACCGACCACAUUCGUCCCUUUCGCAUGGUGCGGCCCUUAUUUUUGGUGGACGCCUAUUAUGCCGCCAGCAUCCGUCGCGUCGUCUUGCGCAUUUUCAACACCUCAGUCGGUGUCGUCGACAUGUUUAUGCUCCUCCUCGUUUACAUCCUCGUCUGCGCCGUGAUAUCUUACCAGUACUUUUCGCCCACCAAGCUCUUUCACAAUCAAAAGUCAAACGGCGAUCCUUACUUUUCCAGCUUUGAUGAGUCCUUCGUCAGCCUCUUUGUCGCCAUUACCACCGCCAAUUACCCCGAUGUCAGCCUGUUCGCCUUUCACAACGACCGCAGUGCCGGCAUCUUCUUCGUCCUGUACAUGUUUUUCGGCGUCUACUUUAUACUCAGCCUUUUCUUGGCCGUCGUUUACAAUACCUUCUCGGAUAUUGAAAAGGACAAAUUUCAGAGGAUGCUUGUGCACGAACGUCGUGGCCUGCGGCGAGCCUUUGCCAUGCUGGUCCAUGUGCAACGCCUUCGUGCCCAAGCCAAUGGUGGCGCCACUGCCCCCACCGCUCCGCAUUUGACACCAGAGGCCGCCGACCGUGAUCAGCCGUUGAUGGACGACUAUGAGACUGAGCGCAUCUCGGCUGACACCUUCAGUGAAUUUAUGGCCCAGCUGCAACCUGGCCUCGCCGACAAACCCAAGACCAUCAAUUUGCACUUUGAAUACCUCAGCCAGAUAAGCCAAAGCGAGGUUGGCAUGGCCGCGUCCGACAAGCCCGGCAUCUCUCUCAACGCCUUUUACCAGUUGUAUACGGCAUUGACGCUGCGCUGGCAGCUAGAUCCACGCGCAACACUCGCUAGCAAGACGGACAUGCCACGCACCGAAUGGAGCACCAUUCUCCAAGAAUACCGCAGCCGACGCACGUUUUCCAUCAACCUGGCCUUUGUGGAUACGGCCCUGUUUGAGUUUAUGAUCCAGCUGACCAUCGUUGCCAACAUGCUCUACGUCGUGGUGACCGCCUCCCUGAACAACGACAGUAAUCGCGCCUCCACGCCGACCUACAUUUUCUUUGCCAUCUACGUGGUCGAAGCAGCGUGCAAGAUCCUCCACUGGGGCCCCCGUGCUUAUUUUCGCUCGACCUGGAAUUGCUUUGACUUUCUCAUCGUUAUCGUCUCUCUGUCCGGCUUUAUCCAACAAUGGGUUCAACCCGACAGCUUGGGUACCCACGCCACCAUCUACCGUGCGCUGCGCCUUUUCCGACUCUUCCGCCUGCGCAAGUCCAUGCGGCAGGUGCUGCAGACCAUGGUCUUUCUUGUGGGUCGCUUGGGCCACUACGUCAUUGCCCUCCUGCUGAUCUUCUACUCUUACGCCAUCAUCGGCAUGCUGGCCUUUUCCAAUACCACCUCCGAGUGUGGUGCCGAGUGUGGGAGUGCCUAUGACAUGGGCGCCGAUGUCCCCGGCUUUUACCAGCUCAUGAGCUUUGAUAACAUUCUCUACUCAUACUAUACCCUCUUUGCGCUCAUGAUUGUCAAUAACUGGCAGUUCAUCAUGCAAGGACAUGUUGCAGCCACCUCGCGUGCGGCUCGAGUUUUCUUUGUGGUCUACAUGCUCUUUAUCGUAAACAUUGUCAGCAACAUCAUCACCGCCUACCUUCUCGACGCUUUCCUUAAGCUGCAUCCACUCAUUGCAUCCUUUGAUGACAAGCAUGCGUCGGCAUUGGAAGAGUUUUGCCAGGACCCUUGCAAGAGUCGUGAGGCAGACGACGAUGGCGAAGGCAACGGUGGUAAUGCCGGAGGAUUUCAAGAGUUGCUGGACAAGGGCGCCCUUUCGGGCCAAGCAACCGUGCGCGUGCAUUUCCCUUGCGAAGCACUCACCGCGCGCAACGAGUCUUUGCUGUUUCAGCACUUCCUACUCGAUGUCACCCGCUCGGCCAACGACCAGAAGCCCUUUGAGCACGGCCUCGUGGCUGCCCGCUUCCGCGCUGGCUACGUACAUAAGAUCAAAGAUCAGGAGUUUCUAGUUUUACCUGUGGCACUGGCUGAUGUCUUGGUGGUGACGAGUAGCCUUGAAGCACCCGUCCUCUUCCGGCGCCGCGUCUUGCCAACGGUGUAUCGCCUGCACCAAGCCUACAUGGCCGGGGAUGCCGAGGAUGGCAGCGUAUCAUCGGAGCACGCCGGCAGUGAAAACCGCAAUCCGCAAGCCGUGCACGCCGAGGGCGUGGAUGGCGAGUCGGAGCUUGUGCAUCACCUCGUGCUGCCACACGACGUGGCGAUCCGCGCCGUGGCCCGCACUGAUAAAGACUGGCGAAAGCUUCGACAGCUGCGCAACAGCGUGGCACGGCAUGCCCCGUUUGUGUCGUUUGCCGACACGUACGACAUGCAUUACAUGGCUCGUCGCCAACUAACGCGCGGUGAUGUCAACCAGGCGCUUUGGGGCGAUGACAUUGAACGUUGGUGUGCCGAGGACGAUGCUGAUGCUUUGACUCAAGUAACGAGUUCCCCACGCUGGCUCCUGGAUCUGCGUACAUUGCGCCGUGAGGACCAUGGUCGGCGAAGUGACUCGUGA